AUGAUCGAUACCAUUGCCGAGCUGAGUCGCGAGCAAGGUUUUUACAAAUCUAGACUGCCGCCUUUUAGCCCAGAAGAAAAGGAACUGAUAAAAGGUACCUUGGACGUUAUGGUACUGAUUUACAAGAGUACUUACUUGGUAGUUGAUCAUUUCGAUGUCGAAUUUCCACCCAGCGCGCAGAAGGAUGUUCAAAUCGAACGCAGCGUCAAAAAGGAGUGGGUUGAUCCAAAUAGUUUCUAUACUAGUACUCCUUGGGGAUUCCGCAAAACCAUCAAAUACGUGUGGGAUAAUUAUGGACAACCUGUAAUAGCAAUAGCCAGCGCUUGCUAUGGUGCUUAUGACGACUCCCUCGACGAUAAAUCCAGAAUUAACCAAUUGCGGCAAUUUUUCGAGCAAGUUUCAUUAGUAAUCAACGAGGACAGAGUGGACCUUCAAUAUUUUUCCGUGUGGUCAUUGAUUGAUUCAUUCUUUUUCCAAUACGCUUACACGGCGCAAUUUGGUUUGUAUCAUGUCAAUUUUAAUGAUCCUGCAAGACCUAGGACUGCAAAACAGUCUGCCAAAUAUUACAGAAAAAUUAUAAAAACUAGAGAGUUGUAA